AUGGAACUUCAGUAUUUGAUGUUUAAUAAUUAAAAUAUGCAUGUUGUAUUCAUGCAAUUCGAUUUAAUUUCAAGCACUCAUAUUUAAAAUAACCUGGCUCUUUUUUGUUUCCUUACAUUGUCAACUCCAUAGAAGAAGCUUUUGGUUGGGAAUGUUGAUCAGUUAGGCCAAUUUUAGUUUGUAUGUCAUCUCCUGAACUCGUAAGCACAUAUUUCUUUGCUUGCUGCUUUGGCCUAAUUUCAGAAUAUUGUCUAAUUGGACUUCUCCAGAGCCAGUCUAAUGGAUCACAGCACUACAGAGUGAAGGCUAAUGGUUCUGGAGAUCAAGACCAUCACCGUCACCGUGAGGAGUACAAGGAUAAAAACACUAGGAGCUACAGAAGAAAUGACGACAAUGAGGAUUACAGCCGUUCCAGGAACCAUAAAUUUGACAGGCGCCAGGAUCGUGGAGGUAGAGAGAAGGGUGAGACACGUAGAUCCCGUUCUAGGUCAAAGGAUUGGUCUCAUGACAAAGCUAGAUCAAGAUCAAGUUCUCCUUUACCACCAAAGAGCAAGCGGACAAGUGGCUUUGAUAUGGCUCCACCAGUUGCAGCAUCUUUUUCUAGUGGGGCAGAACAAUUUCUGUGUUCUUCCAACGGUCAUCCAUCGAUUCCUGGAAUAUUACAGAAUGUUUUUCCAACUGAUGCAACUCAGGUUAAUCCAUUAGGUUCAUUCCCUUUCUUGCCAGUCCAAGCCAUGAGUCAGCAAGCUACAAGGCAUGCACGACGAGUUUAUGUUGGUGGCCUUCCACCAUUGGCUAAUGAACAGACAAUCUCCGCAUUUUUUAGUCAUGUUAUGAUUGCAGUUGGUGGAAAUUCUGCUGGCCCAGGUGAUGCAGUUGUCAAUGUGUACAUUAAUCAUGAAAAGAAGUUUGCAUUUGUGGAGAUGAGAACGGUCGAAGAAGCCAGUAAUGCAAUGGCAUUAGAUGGAGUUGUUUUUGAGGGUGUUUCCGUCAGGAUUCGAAGGCCCACUGAUUACAAUCCUUCUUUGGCUGCUGCACUUGGUCCUGGCCAUCCAAGCCCUCACCUUAACUUAGCUGCUGCUGGACUCAUGCCUGGAGCAACUGGGGAUGCGGAGGACCAAGAUCGUAUUUUUAUUGGUGGAUUGCCAUACCUUUUUACUGAGGUGCAGAUAAAAGAACUACUGGAGUCUUUCGGACCUUUGCGUAGAUUUGAGGUGGUGAAGGAUAGAGACACAGGAAACUCUAAAGGUUAUGGUUUCUGCACAUAUCAGAAUCCAUUGGAUACAGACAUGGCUUGUGCUUCUUUAAAUGGCUUAAAAAUGGGUGACAAGACACUGACGGUUCGACGCGCUACCUCUAGUAGUGGGCAGGUGAAAUCUGAACAGGAGUGUAUAUUAGCUCAGGCAAGGCAGCACAUAGCUAUGCAGAAAAUGGCUUUUGAAGCUAGUGGUAUGACUAUUCCUGGUACCGAGAUAGGGCCUGUUGUGACUGCUGAAAUUCCAACCAAGGUCUUAUGCUUAACUGAGGUGAUCACCCCUCAAGAAUUAUUUGACGAUGUAGAGUAUGGAGAAAUUUUGGAAGACAUGAAAGAAGAAGGCCAAAAAUUUGGUGACUUGAUUGAUGUUGUUAUUCCUCGGCCAGAACCUGAUCAAAAAAUGGUGGAUGGUUUUGGGAAGGUAUUUCUCGAGUACUCUGACACUAUCGGUUGCACUAAAGCAAAGGCAGCACUUGGUGGCAGGAAAUUUGGAGGGAAUACUGCUGUUGCCAUUUUUUAUCCUGAAGACAAAUACUACAAGAAGGAUUAUGCCUCUUAGGUUUCUGAAUAUCUUCCAUGUUUAUAUAGUCUUGUAUAGUUUUAGUGCUUGUAAUCGUCCAUUUAGCUACGGUCAAGGCUGUUUGAUAAUUUUUUCUUCUAUCACAAUUGAAACGCUAACCUACCCUGGUGGGUGGUUUGGGCUCUUUGAUAUAGUCUCUCUGUUAGGAGAAGUUUUCCAUGUUUCAAACUACUGUAAUGACCAGAUUUUAGAUGGUACAAGAUUUAAUAUCAAUAUAAUUCUCAAUACUACUAA